UUUCGACAUCAAUGCAGAAAUUUCUUAAAGGAGUUCCACUUCCAGAAUUACACCCAUCGUUAAAUAACAAAUCCAAAAUCAAUCAUAUGAUUGCAACAAAAUGUCAAAAUGAAAUUGAUCCUUAUAUUAGAACUGUCCGUUUUUUUGAUAACGAGCAAUAUUUAGUAUUAUACGGCCAUAAGAAUCAAAUGAAAUAUUUGGCCGAUUCUUUAUAUUUUGAAAUAGAUAUGAGCUUCAAACAUGUACAUGGACCAAUCAACAAAUGGGAG